UGGUUGUGCGGUAUUUGACCAAGAGGUACAUAGGUGAAUACAGUUCAAAUGUCGACUUUCUCUACAAACACAAUGUCACUUUUGACACCUUGUUAACAGAAGUAGAGAUUAUGGAUACAUCAAUGUGCGCUAAAAGUGGUUGUUAUUACGAGCACAUCCGCUGGGGCGAGGCUUUUGUUAUAGUUUACUCCAUCAUAGACAAGCACAGUUUUAAUGAAGCCAAAGAGAUAUUAGGAGAGUUAGUCAAACUAAAGCUUCCUUCGUACUACGCCAGUCUUCUCUUAGGAAACAAAAGAGACUUGGAUCAUUCUAGGAAAAUUUGCAUAGACGACGGCCACGAACUAUCGCUAAAAUACGGCUGCCAGUUCUACGAAGUUAGCGCGGCAGAACACUUCGCUGGAGUAUCACUAGCCUUCCACUCCCUUCUCAAAGAAGCCAGAUCAGUCCUACUGUUGAGAUCGCUGCCGAUCAGAAGAAGACUCGGAGUGAACAGCGUCUCGAAAGUGCUGGGCAACAUCUUCGGCAAGAACUCGAAAGGAGACCGCAAGAAGAGACCUUCCUUGAGCAUAUAACUUAAUUUAUAAGAGUAAUUACAUUUUAUAGUUCCUUAUUUAUUUAAAAUUUACGAGAAUGUGCAGAUUUAAAAGUUUUUUACUGAGAAAGGGAAUAAACUAGGUUAAAAUAAAAAAAAAUUACAAAUCUAUUCUGACAGACUUUUUGGAUUACUCAGUAAUUUACACAGAUGCUUCUAAAAAUUAAACAUAAGGUACCUAGAAUGUGCUAUCUAUCUAAUGUUAGUAGCAUUUGUUCAGCUGAACUUUUAGCCAUGAAUAAAUCUCUAGAAUGGGUUCAACAGACCAAUAUUAAAAAAGCUGUGAUAAUAUCAGACUCUAGAUCUGCAAGCAUACUAUAGCGAACCCAAGAAACUGUGGGAAGCAAUGAGAAAAAUGCACGUUAGAGAGAAAUGGGUGAAUAUAACACAAGACUAUAUAAAGAAACACAGAUGCAAUUAAAGUUAGGCAAUGAAAUAACAAAACCGGUCAUCGCAACAAAAAGACUUAAAUAGGGAUGUGGUCUAUUACCUACACUCUUUAACAUAUACAUCGAUCAGGCUUUGAAAAGAUAAUAUAGAAAAUAUGGAAGAAUGGGCAUACCAAUAUAUUACAUUCACUACUUUUCGGCGAUGACCAAGUCAUAUUUGCACAAGACAUGGAGAACAUGGAAUAUGUGAUAAGGAAAUUAAAGGAAGAGUAUGAGCUAUUAGGACUCAAAAUAAAUAUGUAUAAGACCGAAUAUAUUGUAAGACUUGUAAGAGUUGUAAGACUUUUAAAUAUUUAGGGUCAAUGAUGAGAUGAUACUUGUAUGAAAAAUAUAAUGAAAAUAGCACAGGAAAAACAAGCCAUGAAAGCACUCCAUGGAGUGAUAUGCAACACUCUAACCAAAUAAAACAAAAAAGUAUCUUUCAGAGCAUAGCUAUAACUGAAUAUUACCCUAUAUGGAGCGAAAGCAUGGCCAAUGGCAACAACAAUACGAAAUAAAAUACGAACAGUUGAAUUGGAGUUUAUGAGAAGAUAUCGACAAAGCACCAGAGAGGAUAGCAGAGGAACAGAGCAAAUAUGGAACAUAAUGGAAAUAAAAUGCCCAAUUACAAAAAAGUUGUAAAACAAAACUUUGCAAUGGUACAGGCAUGUACAAAGAAUGCGAGAGCACAAUUGGCCAAAAAAGAUACUGGACUAGGACCCGCCGGGAAGAAGACGGAAAUAGAGUGCGUAAAGCCGAAGAAGAAGAGAGCUGCAAAAUAUGCAAUUGGAAACACAGAUUUCAGUUCAUACAAAUAAAUCAAAAUAUUCAAUGGCGUGCAUAUGUAUAAUCUUUUAAAUAUUCCAUUAUAGUAAAUUAUAGUAAAUAUUGUUCCAAAAACCAUAAAACUUUCAAUAAAAAGCAAACCACUUUUUUCUCAGUUAAUUACCUUUUUUAUCUGUCUUUUUUUACUAAAAAAUGUGAUAGCAGACAUUUACCAUUCACUUUUGUUCUGCUAUAUACGACAUAAGACUGAAAUUUAUAUAAAAUGGGCAUAUCAACAACAUUAAGAAAACUAUUUUCUUAUCAGUUGUUGGGGCCUGUUUUAAUUGAAUGUAUACAGAAUGCACAUAUUACUAGAUUAAAAAGUUUGUUAACUUAACUAAAAUAAUUUCUAUACAGUGAUGAGCACGCUAAAAACCGGCAAAAAUUACGCAAAUGACGGAAAACAUAAUACGUUGUGAAAUAAAAAGAAAUGAAACUAGUAGAGGUGGGAAAUUAUCAAUAGAAACCCAUAAGAUGAACAGCAUUUCAUUUCGAUUCAAGCUACCACAAGUCUUCCUGAUGAGAGGUGAACCUCGAAACGUGUGUGGAGGAAUGGUGAAUUUCAAAUUAUAAAAAAAUCCUCUGCUUUAAUUUUAACGUAUUUACUCUACGUAAAGAGUGCAAUGAAAAUAUCAUAUAAUUUCCAUAGAAAUCAAAUGUAGGAUAGAGUAGGCAAGAUUUGCAUUUCAAAAAAUGGCAAAGUUAUUCAAAUGACUUGUCGAUACCCAUAAAAAGCAGGUUACUACGAUGUUAUAUCUAUCCCAUACUGUUGUACGGAGUUGAGUCGUGGACUCUCAUAGACGCCACCUGCAAGAAAAUUGAGGCUUUUGAGAUGUGGCUUUAUCGUCGAAUCCUGAAGGUAUCUUAUACCGACCACGUUACUAAUGAGGGUGUUUUGCUGAGAAAGCAAAAAGAAAAAGAGCUGUUAACCACAAUAAAAGCAGCCAAAAUCGAAUACCGCGGUCACAUCAUGGAGAAUAGUGAAAGAUAUGGACUGCUGCAACUAAUCUUGCAGGGAAAGUAGAAGAAAGCGGGGACACGUACGUGGUUCAACAAAACAACCACAAAUCUUUUUAGAGCAGCAGUGUGCAAAGUACAAAUUGCCAUGAUGGUCGCCAACAUCCGAAAUGGAUAGGCACUACAAGAAGAAGAAAUAGUACAAAAGAUGGUAUUUUGCAAGGAUAAACUGUAGAUGUAUUGUCUGAAUAAAAGGUUAUCCACGACAUCGUCCUAUAGCUUCCAGCAAGCUUAUAUUUACAGUUUACCUUAUUGUGAGUGUCCUCAACAUAAGACGAGAACCCAACUUAGUUUAAGUUUAAACUCAGUUUAACUGACCACUUUGCUAAUUCAUGUAUGUUUACAUAGUUUACAUAAUAACGUUGAUAAUACACAGUGGUAGCGAAAUUUGCACUAUGGUGAGAUAUGUAAUUUUCCGUAAAAUGCGUGAGGUGUCGUUCGACUGAGGAUUAGAUAGAGAAUGAUUCUUUUGAGAGUGCGAAAUAGAAACAGAAGAGAAGUCUAGGAAUGAAUGUCCUAACUGAAGGGGCCUGUACUAUCGUCAAUACGACAAAAAUGUUCUAACAUCUUUGAGAAAAAACAAUAAUAUUCUUUUGCUUCUUUCGGUGCCAUACUUACCAUAUAUUUUGUAAUUUUUCAUAUUCUAAUAGUUUUCGGUAACUCAUCAAAGGCUCUAUUUUUAACUCAGUUUGGUUGGUCUGGCUCGGUGCCAUGUAACAAUACUGACCAAAUAUAGCAUUUGAUCAUUCUUUGGCGCAAUUUAAGAUUUAAGGCCCAACUAGUUGGCCCAACGUUUACUGGGGCUAUCAUGUAAAGUGAGUAACUCUCUCAAUAGACCAGUAAGGAUCUGUUUUUAGGUGGAUGUGAGAGGUGGCAUUCAGAUUUUUGCGGAUAAAGUUAGGUGAUAACUUCGUUAAUAGUAAUUGAUUUAUGCUCCUUCUCUCUCAAAUAUGCCCGGAACAUUAAUAAAAAAAAUAAAAUAUUUAAAAAUUUCAAAAAAUUUCGUUUUUUUUAUAGUUUUUUGCUUAUAACUUAAAAACUAUUCAUUUUAGAACAAAGUCCUAUAAGAAUAAAACAAAGAUAAUUAAAUUUUCUAUCAGAUGCGAUUGGUUAAAAAUAUCUUAAUUUAUCACCCUUGCUUCAAAAUAGCAAUAAAUAUAAAAUAAGGGGGCAAAACAAGCCUGUCUUUAUUCAAUGAUUUUCCAUCACUUAGGUUAUACUUGGAACCUUCCUAAUUCUCUUAGAAAAUUUUUGUAAUGUGCUAAAACCGUACACCAAAUUUCAUUAAAAUUGACUUACUAUAUUUUGCAUAAUAAUUUUGCAAUAUAAACUUUUUUUUUUAAAUUAAAUUUUUUUAAAAUCUUGCACAACAAAAACUAGAACAUACAAAGAUUUGUGAAAUUUUUUUGCAUAUAAAGAAGUACUCCACCUAUCUAAUGCACUUUACAGAAUUGAAAUCGGAUUAUUUAAGCAGCCUCAGCAAUGUUUUAAAUUUAUAAACAAUUUUUUGGCUUAUAAACAAAUUAGUGCUGUGGCUAGGAGGAGGUGCUACGGGCUCCUUUAUUUAGAUGGACUUACCCCAGUUUUUUUAUGUAUUUUGAUCCGUAGAACACGAAUUUUUUGGGUAACAGUUGAUCCGGGUGUCGAUAAGAUUGUUAUAAACAAAGAACUUGAGGAAUGACAUAAAAUCGAUUUUUCGCAAAAUAAAAUAUUCUUUUGUAUUUCUUGGGUAAUUCUAAGCAAAAAAUGUUCUUACAAGUUUUUUCGUAGGAUGCAUACUUUUCGAGAUAAACGCGGUGAAACUUUCAAAAAAUCGAAAAAUUGCAAUUUUUGAAAGCGAAUAACGUUUGAUUAAAAAAUAAAAUAGCAAUUCUGCUGACAGCAUUUGAAAGUUUAAGUCAAAUUAUACCGGUUUUAAUUAUUUGCAUUGCUAAAAAUUAAUUUUUUUAUUAUUAAACAAAGCUAUUUGUUUAUAAGCCAAAAAAUUGUAUAUAAAUUUAAAACAUUGCUGGGGCACCUUAAAUAAUCCGAUUUUAAUUCUGUAAAGUGUAUUAGAUAGGUAGAGCACCUCUUUAUAUGUAAAAAAAUUAGCCAACUUCUAAAUGGUCUACUUUUUAUUCAGAAAGAUUUUUAAAAAUUUGAACUUUUUUAAAAACAUUUAGAUUGCAAAUUUAUUAUGCAAAAUUUAUUAGGUCGAUAUUAAUGAAAUUUGGUACACGAUUUAAGUAUGUUACAAAGAAUUUCCUAAGCUCAUUACUAAGGUUCUAAGUGCCACCAAAGUGGUUAAAAAAUAUUGAAUAACAACAGACUUAUUUUGCCCCCUUAUUUUGUAUUUAUUGCAGAAAAGGUAAUACCUUAAGACAUUUUUUACCAGUCGUAUAUCAUACAAAAUUCAAUUAUCUUUAUUUUAUUUCUGUACGACUUUGUGCCAGAACGAAUCGUUUUAAAGUUAUAAGCAAAGAAAGCAGAAAAAAAUCGAUGUUUUUAUUAAUGUUCUGGGCAUAUUUGAGAAGGAGCAUAAGUCAAUUAUUAUUACUGAAGGUGUCACCUAACUUUAUCUGCAAAAAUCCGAAUGCCACCUCUCACAUCCAAAAAUAGACGUUUUUUCGCAGAUCCUUACUGGUCUACAAUGUUUUGUUGAUCUAUCUGUAGAGCAACAUUGACGCGAGGCUAGAGAAUAAAUAUCAUAAAUUUUGUAAUAACAUAUUUAAAUUUAUUUUUGUAUGUAAACGUGCCAUUCUGUAUAUUAUUAUAAACCUAUGUUGGACAAAAUAAAUAUUAUUUAAGAUUUACGAAAUAUCUGAUAUAUAAUUUUAUAAUAUAAAAUUCGUAUUAAAAGUAGCAGUAAAAUUCACUACUGUAGAAAAGUAAAGGCGUACGAAAUAUGUAAAAGGUAUGUUUCAAAAACAUGUUACGCAGGGUUAACACAAAUAUAAAAAUUAUUUAAUUUUUAUUUGUAAAGUUGUUUUCAACUAUCAAGUAUUUGAUGACACAUGCAUUACAUCAACCUCUCCCCAUUACUUUCAUAAAGAAACUUCUUAAGUUUAAUGAAUGAUUCACGUGCUAUGUUAAUAAGUGUCUUAAUUUCUUUGAUUUUGUCUACAUUUAAUGUUAUCCAUAUUCCUAAGUAUUUGACGGUAUCCACACUCGCGCUUCUUUAAAUACCGCUUCACUGUAGACAUUGAAGAUUAGUGGGGACAGCGUGCAACCCUGGCGGACUCCUUUUUGUAUUUUGAUAUCUCGGGUGUUCUGGUUAUCUACUCUUACCUUGACAGUUUGAUUCCAAUAUAAAUUAGAUAGGUAUAUUUUUUAUUUCACGACUGUCAAUAUUUUUUCUAUUUAAGAAAUUUACAAGCUUUUAUGUUGAACCAUGUCAAAUGCCUUUUUAAAGUCUACAAAAUGUCCUGUUUCAUGCCCAUGCAUCUCUGGGUCAGCACAUUCAAGCCGAACAAAGCAUAUAUUGUGCCUCUUACAUCUCCCACACUAUUUCUAAAGCCAAAUUGUAUGUCAUUAAUUUCAUAUUCUGAUGUGUAUUCUUUUCAAAAAUCUUGUUUUAAGUGUGUGACUCAUUAAAGCUAUUGUUCUGUGAUUGCUUGAGUUUUAGGGAAUUGUUACAAAGAUCGCAUGCAGCCAUUGUCUGUACUGUGGCAGUCUGAUAUAUUAAAUUAAAGACUUCAACCAUUACACCAAUAACAUCUUCAUCAAUGAGUUUUAAUAAUUCGAUCAGUGGUCCAGUAGCUUUGCCUUCUUUUAUAUUUUUGAUGGCAUAGAUGACUUCUUGUCCUAAUACUGGUGGUACGGUAUCCUUUGUGGUUUCUAAUGAUAGUUCUUAUCUUUCAUCAUUAAAUAGUUGGAUGUAAUUGAUCCAGUGAGAGAAUCUCUUCUUCACAUUAGUAUGAUGUCCCCUUUAUCGUUACUAAGGAUAUUCGUUCUUGUGCUUUAUCUGGAAGUUGUCAUUUCUUUGGUUUUUCUGUUGUUUAAAUUAAAGCUAUCAUACUUUUUAUCCAGAUCUAUCUCCUUUCCCCUGUCGCAGAACCAUCUCUCUUUUGCUCCAUAAAAAGUGUUAUAUUGAGCUAUUUCAGGAAAAACAAGGGGAAUUUACAGGAAAACUGGAAACUUAUAAAUAAUAAUUAAGAGUAAAAUGUAGGUAUACUUAUUCAAAUUUAUGAAUAAUUUUCAAAAUCAGAAUACGUAUAUUGAUAAAAUAUAUUUAAAAAUAAAGCCGUUUAAUUUUUAAUCCCGGCGUUAUAAUUUUUGAAUCAUGCUUAUUAUGUAUAUAACCAUGUAAUACCUAUGACAUGAGAGAAUUGAAGUUUAAAAAUGUCAGUACUAUUACCUUAAUGUUGUAAGUUUUAAGGACAAACUAUUUAUUUUAAGGCAUUUCCUGCACGUUUCUUGCUUUACUUAAUAGGUUAGUUUGUUGUAGUUAGACAUUACUACGAGGCUUUUUGUAAAAAUGCAAAUUUAUUAUAUCGGUUAAGAUUACGUAUAUUUUUCUGUAAACUUUCAUAUACAAAAAACAAAAACUUGACAGCUUGAACCAAGAGUAGAAUUUUGAAAUAUUUGCUUUAUGAUAAAUUUUCUAAUAAAAGAUAUUUAAAUCCCUGUGUAAAAGGUACCUAUAUUUAUAAAAAUCCCUAAAUCCUAAAAUCCCUAAAAGCCCUAAAAAUCGCUAUAUCACAGAACGUUUUCUAAUAAUAAUUCCAUCAUCAGUCCUUAUUAAAACAGGUCAAUGUACAUGCCUGAGCCACCAAGAUAUUUAGGUAAAACACUUUAAAUGUUAUAAAGGUGUAAAUUGUUUACGUUGUGUAAUAUAUACAACUGAAAAAACAUAUAUGGGGAGCACAUUAUCAAAUCUGGACCUGUUGCUUUGUUAUACUUGAGUAUACUGAUCGUCAUGCUUAUUUAAUUCCCGGGUAUAUUUUUUUAUAUGUUUAGAGAUAAUCUCCAUCUCCAUAGAGAUAAUAUUAAAUUACUGUUUUACAUAUAUUAACUUAGCUACUGUAACAAUAUUAAUGUCUAUGCGGUAAAUCUAAUGGUGUCUGUCUCUUUAACCGUUUUGUUUCCUGACUGUUGUCUGACAAAUUAAUUGCAAGCACAUUCGCGUGGCUUUCAAGACGUACGAUGUAUUUUGCACUUAACUCCACUAUCACUUCACUGACGGUUUUCGUUUCCAGAUCAUUGUAAAUAUCCCUGUUAGUAACAAACCACGGAGCAUCGAUUAUUGAACGUAACACCUUGGACUGGAAUCUCCCAAUUAUGGAUACAUUCGACUUGGAUGCUGUUCCCCAGAGCUGCAGACCAUAUGCGCAGACUGAUUUGAAUAUUGUGUUGUAGACUAGCAGUUUAUUUCUUGUCGUGAGCUUAGACUUACGCCCUAGAAGCCAAUAAUGCUUACUAAAUUUUAUGCCCAGUUGUUUCCGUUUAUUCCAUAUAUGGGUUCUCCAGGUUAAUCCCCUGUCCAAGUGCAUGCCCAGAUAUUUUACAGAGGUAACUGAGUGAAUUACCUUAUUAUUUAUUGUUACUGUAGGUGAUUCACUGUGACAUUUUGUAAAAACAAUAUGGUUUGAUUUUUGUUCAUUCAAUUUAAUUCUCCAAUUUUGUGCCCAUGUAUUUAUUUGAUUUAAUUGUACUCUCUGGAGUUUUGCAGCAGCUUCGACGGGAUUUUUGUGUACUGCUAGGAUUGCAGUAUCGUCUGCAAAGGUGGUGGUCGUUGUAUCACGAUUUGUGGGUAAGUCGGCUGUGUAAACCAGAUACAGUUGUGGUCCCAGAACGCUUCCUUGCGGUACCCCUGAUCUGAUGGGAUAUAGUUUUGUAUAGGCUGACUCAAACUUCACUCGAGAGUAUCUUUCUGAUAAAUACGACUUAAGGAGUGUAUAUAGUUCCUCUGGUAAGUUCUUUUUCAGUUUAUACAACAGUCCUUGAUGCCAAACUUUAUCAAAAGCCUGGCUAACAUCGAGGAAUGCUGCUGAACAGUAACUUUUUUCUUCAAAUGUUUUAUUUAUAACGUUGACCACUCUGUGAACUUAUUCGACGGUACCAUGCUCUUUCCUAAAGCCAAAUUGGUGGUCGGGUAUCAUAUUUCUGUCUGUUAGUAUUUGUAGAAGUCUUUUUUUCUAUUAUUUUUUCCAUGAUCUUAGAGAUUACUGGUAUUAAGCUAAUUGGUCGAUAUGAAGUGGGCUCAUUUGGAGGUUUUCCUGAUUUUUGUAUAAGGAUAAUUUCCGCAAUUUUCCAUUGGAUUAAGAAGUGUUUUAGCCUUAGUACCGCAUUACACAAUUGAGUUAGCAUUUUAAUUGCUUUGGUAGGUAGAUUUUUAAUUACCUCACCUGUGAUUAAGUCAUAGCCAGGUGCUUUCUUUUUUAUUAGAUUAUUGUUGAUUAUGUUUUGAACUUCUUUGGGUGAAACGUGUAGUGUGUUUUCUCCUGUCGGGGUUUGGUUCUGUAGGAAAUUGUAGAUUUCUUGAUCGUUAUUUGUUGCAGCAGCUGUUAUAGGUUUGAAAACUUCUUCUAUGUAUUCGCCGAAAGUUUCUGCCUUUUCAUUGUUUGUUCUGGCUCAUGUUCCGUUGGAUUUUCUAAUUGGUGCGAUAUGGCCAUGUUGCUGUUUUAAUUUUUUUGUAGCCUUCCAUAGCGCAUAAUCUCUGGCAUCUGACGGCGUUAAAUUUUCUAGGUAUUCUUGAACGCUGUUAUUUUUUAGUUAUUUUAGUAGUUCCUUCAAUUGUCGUGCUGCUCUAUUGAGCCUUAACUUAUCAUCUGGAUGUCUAGUUUGCUUCCAAGUUCUACUCAGAUACCUUUUUUCAAUUAUUUUUUCUCUGACAUUUAUUGGACAAUUAAUUUUGUGUUUUGCUUUUGUUGGUGGUGUUGUUGAUUUCCAUGCAGCUUCCUGAAUCAUUGUUGUGUAAUUUUAGAUUUCUUUUUCUAGUUCUUCUGGUGACUUUAGUGAUACGUUUAGUUCAAUAUUUGCUUCAACCAUUUCUCUGAAAGCUUGCCAGUUCGUUUUGUAAUUGUGCAACUUGGGCAGAGGCUCUUUUUCUUUAAUUGCUGAAUGUACAGUUGCUACUACAGGAGUAUGAUCAGACUCUAUAUCAAAAUUUGAUUCGAUACUUAGAUAUCCCCUUGAGAACCCUUUUGUAACAAAGAAAUCUAAACAGUCAGGAACUUUCUGCGGGUCGGAUGGCCAGUAGGUAGGCUGAUACGUAGACAAAUGGUCCAAGUGUUGUUCUGAUAUGAUUUGAUGUAGUACCCUGCCUCUUCCAGGAGCGCACAGUCUUGAACCCCAACUAGUAUGUUUGACGUUAUAGUCUCCACCUGCCAGGAAACAGUUACCAAGUUGGUUAAAGAGAUUACUUAAAGAAUUUUUGUUAGCUCUAUAAUUUGGUGGGCAGUAUACAGCAGCAAUCGAGAUUGGUCCAAUCCAAUCUUCUACCCGGGUAUAUUAGGUUAUUUUUCCAUUUUUAUAUAGAUCCCGGCAGUAGUAUUAGUUAGUCUUCAUGUAUAUGAUAUAUUUUCUCUGAUGGUUCUCAGGACUCUUGUUUGGUCUUCAACUUCAACGGCUCAAGUUAUGGCUUUGAAGUCUCUUGUUAUGUAGCGUAUUUUGCUAAAUAGAUAAAUAGAAUCUAAACUGAUUUUAUUAAUAAUGGCUGUCAAUGUCUUUUCAUAUUAUAUUGUGAUAGUAUCCUUGUUUAAUAACCUAGCACAUUCGUUUUAUUUCUUAGUUGACCUUUCUUAUUUUUUUUUCACUGUUUACACCGCUUUGACAAAGAUUUCUAUAUUCUUAAUUAUUUUAAAGGUUUUCAGCUGUUAUCCAGUGUUAUUCAGUGUUAACAAUUUACAGAAUUAUUUAGCUUCACAAUGGUGAAGAUACUCAGAUAUUGUUAAGAUAAAAAAUGCAAUUAUAUAUCACCUAUUACUUUUAUUAGGUUUUUGUGUUAUGUAUGAUGAAAGUUACUGAUAGCUAAGAUGUAAAAAUAACAAAAAUCUAUAUUUUUCAUUUUAUAUGGUAUUGAUCUCAUUUUAAUGUAUUAUAUUGACAUAAAAUUCGUAUACGAAGAAUAGAAAGGGCUUAAGUCAUACUGCAAUUUUUAGUACUUCUUUUUUAUUUGUUAACUCUGUUCUAAUACAUCAAGAACUUCAGUUAAGCAUUUUUUGGUAGAAUAAUAGUAUUCUAAAAGAUAAAUAAACCAAUAAAGAAAUGGAUACGCCAAAAAGUAUCCAGAAACUACUUUUACUAGACAACUGUCUCUUUAGUUAAGUCACUGUAGUGUCUAGAAAUUUAUAAAUAGGGUCGUUGUGUCCUUUUCUGUAUGUAUUUAUAAUAUAGUAGCCGGUCAAAGUUGACCGGCAUUUACGGCAAAGAUAUAAACAAUAGGAUCAUAAUUUUCGAACCAUCAUCUUUUUACUUUUGUCCUCUUUCUCCACACCAAUUUUUAUAUCUUUAAAAUACUCAUAACAUAUAUUAUUAUAA